GAGAAGUCAUUGUACCGCACAAGUUCCGCGAUACCGGCUGAUACCGGCAGAAUUUAUUGGUGAGAUAAACGUGCUUGAGCGCGAGUCGUUUAAUUAGUCGUGCGUGAUACCCGUAGCCGCGUACGCCGGUCGUCCUUUUAGCUGCGGGGUCCCUUGAACCUCGUUCGCGUUUCAAUGGGAUCGGAGCUGGUCACCGAAAUGAUUCUUUUAUACGGAGCAUUUUCGAGCAAGAGCGACCGCGACUUCAGAUAAUCGUAGAUUUAUCUAGUCGGAUGAUUCCGCGCCGUGUUGCGCCAAAGUUUUUUAUAUUAAUGCUUUCGAGACGAAUCUGAGAGUUUAUCGCUGUGAUCGAUUAACGUACCGAACUGCUGCUGUCUGAAAUCGUUGCAAUCGUGUCGGGUCCGACUGAUCUCGACGAGCGGUCAGACACUUUAGAAUUGUAAAACACAUAGACGACGAGUAGUUCGCGUGCGUGUGUGUAAAUAUAUAUCGCGUAACGCAGGAAUUGUACAUAUAACGUUGAUUUUUUAUAAUCGAAUUUUUUGCGCGUCUUAAGCGUCUCUUUCCCCCUCCUUUUUGAUUAAUGAUUCCCGCACGUAACAAAAUGUUUCUCGUUUGCGUGACCGUGGGACUCGUCUUUCUGGCGUCGAAGUACCGCAACAACGUGCUUCGUAGCGUCAAACAUCUAUAUAAAAAUAUAAAAAAUCGAGAUAGCAGUAAUAAAGCCAAGCGCAAUGAGCAAGAUACCGAUAGUAAUAAUAAUGAGGGUAUUCGUGACAAGAAGGAGAUUAAACUUGUACUCGACAAGAUUAUUCUGGCAGACUCUCCGGAGAAAUGCGAUUACGCCGUACAGCGUAUUCGUUGUGAUCUGUCUGAUGGUAUCCUAGGUUUUGAUUGCGAAUGGGUCAAAGAAGGACCCGUCUCUUUGUUACAACUGGCUACUAACAAUGGAGUAGUUGCUUUGUUUCGCAUUGGGAAAAUUGGCUAUAUUCCAUUUAAACUCAAGGAAUUAUUAGCUACUAAGCACAUUCUUAAAGUUGGAGUUUCUUCGUUUGAAGAUGGACAGAAGCUUGUAAAAGACUAUGGAUGUAGAGUUAAUGGAACUCUUGAUUUAAGAACUUUAGCCGACAGUCUUAAUUUACCAAGCCGGAAGAGUUUAGCUGCCAUGUGCGAACAGUAUCUUAACAUUGAGAUGGACAAACUAAUAGAAGUCAGGUGCGGUGACUGGGAUGCUAGCACCUUGUCUGACGAUCAAGUUGCAUAUGCUGCUUGUGAUGCGCUUGCAUCUGUUAUCAUUUAUCAUAAAAUAAUGGAAAAAAAUAAAGAAAAGUAUUCAUUUUGGCAAAGAUUAGGGAUGUUCUUAUAUAAUAUAUUAAGUAGUGAUAUAAAUGUGCGGAUUCAUGGUGUACCUGCUACAACAGUCGAUACGAGGUUCAAGGUUCAGCGAUCACCAAAAGCGGACAGUGUUACUAAUGAUAAUAUUUUAAAUACUAAGAAUAAAUCAGUAGCUAGAGUAGUAGAUCAAAACACUAACAACGAACAUAAGAAUACGAUACCUACAAGAAUCAAACCUUUAUAUCAUAAUUGUUAUUUACAAGCCCCCGAUGGAGAUAUAUUGUGUACAUGCGAUCGCAAGAAAGCGGAAUGGUAUAUUACGAAAAAUUUAGGGAAACUUGUGGAGACAGAUCCAUAUACAGUGAGAUUAAAUUUCGAACCGUCCGGCCGAGCAUUAGGAGAAGUUGGACAAUAUUAUACACAAGUGAAGCUUAAUCAAUGUGUAGUCUGUGGAUCCAACGAGAAAUUCAUUAGGAAAAAUGUCGUACCGCGAGAAUAUCGGAAGUACUUUCCAUUGGUAAUGAAGGCACAUCAAUCUCAUGAUGUAUUGCUAUUAUGCCCUUCCUGUCAUGAAAUCAGCAAUAACCAUGAUCUGCAGCUCAGAAGAAAGUUAGCAGACAUGUGUGACGCACCAUUAAUUGGACCGAUGACACACGUACGAGACAACUACUUGCACAACCGCCGGAAACUGCUUUCAGCUGUCAAGGCCUUGAAGGAAAAAUUAACAUUACCUCAACGGCAACGUGAAGAGUAUGAGAAGUACAUACUAGAGCACACAGGGCAGCAGAAAAUUACACAAGAUCUGCUUAACGCCUUGAACGAACAGCUGAAGAAUGCGCUGACCCAGAAACCAAUACCUACCAAGUAUCAGCCACAUGGCCUGAAGGUAGUACAAUAUUUUCAAAUGCAAGAAAGUGGACUCAUCGAGUUGGAACGUACGUGGAGAGAACAUUUCCUCUACACAAUGAAUCCGAAGUACCUGCCAAGUUUAUGGUCUGUACGUCACAAUCAGGAGCGACUGACCAUACGCCAGGCACAAAAUAGAAUUGAUGCGGACGACGCAAAGGUGGCUGGAUUAACGCAAUAGCGCUAGAAUUUGAACAUGAUAACUAAAAAGUCUCGUAUAAGAGCGAGAACUUCUAAAGACUGUUAUGUGAAAUAUAUGAACCAAUAUAUCUCCUGAAUAUAUAUACAUAAUAUAUA